AUGGACCAUAUAAUUGGGUUUAUUGGUAGCUUGCGAAGAAUCUCACCUCGAGUAGAGGAAACAGAGAAUCAUCUUAAUAUAUGUGUUAUGGAGCCACAAAGAGGUGACUGGGCUGUUGCCAUCACUCUCUGUCUUAUUGGACUGCCGCUCACUUACUACACAACAACAACACCGAUUUACUUUGGAGUGUCGUUUAUUUUCUUUCUUGUCAUGGCAAGCUCACUUAUUGAUGAUACGUAUAUUGUAAUCAUUGACAAAUUAAAAAGAGAGGUUUCCAUCACCAAAAAGCGGUUUGGUCGAAUUGAAUCUAUCCGAGUAUGCAAUCUAUCCGAACUUGUUAAUUGCGAGGUGAUAUCUACCACACAUCGUAAUCUAACUUCAUUUCGAAUUGAACUUGAAUUCCAAUCGGAAAUGGGAUUUUAUCGUAUCCCUGCUUCCGAAAGCACUGUGAUUGGAGAAUACAACAAGAACAAGUUUGAAUCCAUUGCACAAGUAAUUAUCAAGUUUAUGGAUCUAAAACCACUUCCUGAAUGGAUAAAGGAGGAGUCUUUAGCGUCCAAAUUUCCUCGUCAAAGGACUAGUGCCAAGAAACCUAAAAAGGCUCAAUAA